AUGAGCCUGCCGAAGGACGCGGCGCCGGCGGCCUACACGUGGCUUUGGCAGGACGCGGGCGCCGAGUGGCAGGCCUUCCGACACUUCGACCAGGCGAGGCUCGAGGCCGCGGAAGAAGAAGUCGUCGACGUGGAGGGCGGCAGGUGCCGCGUGGACCUCAAGGAGCGGCAGCUGCUGGACAACUACGGCAGCGACCCCCCGAGGAAGACCUGCCCCGUGCGCCGGAGCUUGUGGUUCGCCCAGGUGUCCUCCUCCUCCUCCCGGGUGCCCUACGACGAGAAGACAGACCAGGCCAUCGAGACCUUGUACCAGCAGGUCUGGGAGCAGGCGGCACAGCUGACUCUUUCGGAGGGCGCCAAGGUCUCUGAGACCGUGGUGCUGGACUCCGGGCGGGUGGUGCGCAUCAGGCUGGAGUGGAAGUCCAAGUGGCGGCUCACCUGCGAGGAGCGCCCCAAAAGCAGCGGUGGCUGGCUGGCAGACGCGCAGGCGCUGCUGGAGAAGGUCUACCAGCUGCAGCGGGGCUUUGGGGACGUGCCCAUGCAGCCGGGGGAGGCAGAGGAGGAGAAGUUGGGUAAAGACAUCGGCAACGUCAUAAUACUUGUUCAUGGCAUUGGCGAGAAGAUGUGGAGCGAGGAAGGCUGCGGCCUGGCGGCCUCCACGGGCAGCUUCCGGCGCAUGGUGCAGGUGCGGCAGCUGGAGACGGCGGGCUUCGUGCAGAAGGGGGGGCACUGGACCUACCCCGGGGAGACGCCUCCGAAGCUGAAGAAGGACGAGGUCCUGGAAGCCUCCUGGUGGGAGUCGGUGCACACGGACGAGAUGGACACCCGCCUGGCCCGGAUCACCUUGCCCUCCAUGAAGCAGGUGCGGCAGAUUGCCAACUUCGCGGUGGUGGACGCCUUGUACUACCUGCAGGUGGGCCGAAAGGAGAAGAUCAUUGCAGCCGUGGCGAGGUCGGUGGAGACGGCGCUGCAGCGUUUCCGUGCCCACCACCCGCAGCACGAGGGCGCCGUGGUGCUGGCGGGCCACUCCUUGGGGGGCGCCAUCCUCUUCGAGCUGCUGCGGAGCGGAAGCGCGCAGCUCAGCUUCACCCCACAGGCCCUGUUCACCAUGGGCUCACCCACGGGCUUAUUCAUGCACUGCGCGGAUGCCCUCCCAUCGCCCGACUUCGAGCUGCCGGGCACGCGCUUUUACAACAUCUUCCAUCCCCUGGACCCAGUGGCCUAUCGGAUCGAGCCGCUCAUCGCGGAGCAGCUGGACAAGCUGGACCCUGCCAAAGUGCCGGUGGAAGGCGCCUGGGGUGGGAUGAAGGCGCACCACGGGGUGCAGCAGCUGAUGAACUGGGCCAGCGGCGAGGAGAAGAAGCAGUCGGAGCUUCUGGAGAUCUGCCGGGCCCUGAAGCUGAACGCCGGGGAGCGCGUGGACUGGGUGCUGCAGGAAGAUCUCACCUUCCUGAAUGCGGCAGGGGUGGCAGGGGAGCUGCUGCAGGCGCUUCCGAGCCAUUCCUGCUACAUGAAGUCUGCCGACGUCGCCGGCUUCGUGCAGAGCCGGACUGCCAACAUCAUGCUGGCCAAAGGUGUGCUGAAGAGGGACCCCACCACGGCGAAUCUUGGGACUGUGCCGUCCUUGGCCGUGGCUUCGCCGGCUCCGGAAUCGGAAGCCGAGCCGUGGGCAAAGGAGCCGGUGGCUGCGAGGGUGCUGUACCACUACACGCACCGGGCAUCCUUUGAAGAGUUUGUGAGGAUCUUCGCGUCAGAUGAGGUGGUACAGAAGGCGCUGGCAGACCCAAAGGCAGCGCAGGAUGAGGAGCCCCUCACGGUUUACAGCCAAGUCCUACACAUGAUUCAGGCGGACUGGACGGACCGCAUGCCUCGCACAGGAGCAAGGACUCUUGACCCGGAGCUCUUGCUGCAUGAGCCCGCAAAGUUCUCCAGCAGACAGGCGCUGCACGAGGCCAUCCUGGGACUGGCCAAGCCGGCGGGCCUCACCAACUCAGGCCGCAGACUUGCAGACAUCGGGGACUUUUGCGUGGCAGUGAAGGCUCCAGGGAGCGUCCUGGCGCCUGUGAGCUACGGGAUCAUGCGCAUUGAGAGGAUGGCGCUCCAGACCUUGGCCCGGCAGGGCCAGCUGCGGAAGGCCAACCAGGCGAAGCAGGAGGCCUUGGAGCGCGCUGCGGCGGAGCGGCGCAGGGCCCGGGGCAUCUUGGCGCGGCUCUGCGGAGGCGCGGAAGCGCCGGUCCUUUGGGACGAAGAGCAGGAAGAGGAGGAGACGACCGGCCGCGUGGGCCGUGUGAAGCGUCAGAAGCGGCAGGUUGACAAGAAGAAAGAGGAGAAGCUAAAGACCUGGACGAAGGAGCACUUCAUCGCUGUGAAGGAUGCGAGGAGGAGAGAGAUUGAGGCAGAGGACCUGCCCGGCCAGCCGAGGGUCCGGGGGCUGAGGGGCCGUGUGGCCAGACUGGUGGCGGAGUCCCGACGACUGGUUCAGAAGCUCAUGGGCCAGGAGGUGGAUGAUGAUGCCCUUGCGCUGUACAGGGAGCACAUGCAGAAGGAGGCCGUGAAGAAGUCCGCGGUGGGGGCGCUCGAGCGGCUGAAGUCCAUGCGCGGCACCAACUCGGAGAAGCUGGUGAGGUCAGUCCGGCGCCAGAAGAGCAGGACGGCCAGUGCGGACUCCAUGGAAGAGGAGGAAGAAGAGAAGGAGAGAGGCCAUGAUCCGAAGGACCCCAAAGACCUUCCGGCCGACGCCGCUCAUGGCGAGGCCAAGAGGACCUUUCCGAAGCGGAGGCGGCGAAGGCGCCGGCGGAAGCAGCCCCAAGGAGGAGAGGCGGGUGAGGAGGAUCUGCCUGAGCUGGAGAUCUUGGACUCCGAGGUGGAGCGAGAAGCCGAGGAGCCCGAGGCAGCCGCCGAGGAUCCGCGCGGCGAGGAGUCGGACACGAGCUCGAGCUCGGACUCCAGUUCCAGCGAGUCCGGGUCCAGUGCAGACUCAGAGGAAGCCAAGGAGAGCAAGGAGAGGGAGAAGUGA